CGCCGAGCUCCGCCGCCGCCGCCGCCGAGCACCAUGGGAGACGCCGGGAGCGAGCGCAGCAAAGCGCCCAGCCUGCCGCCGCGCUGUCCCUGCGGCUUCUGGGGGUCCAGCAAGACUAUGAAUCUCUGUUCCAAAUGCUUUGCUGAUUUUCAAAAGAAACAACCAGAUGAUGAUUCCGCUCCAAGUACAAGUACCAGCCAAUCAGAUUUGUUUCCUGAAGAGACCACCAGUGACAACAACAAUACCUCGAUAACCACACCAACUCUUAGUCCCAGCCAGCAGCCGCUUCCGACAGAACUGAAUGUACCUUCACCGAAUAAAGAGGAAUGUGGGCCUUGCACAGACACAGCUCAUGUCUCGUUAAUCACACCAACCAAAAGAUCCUGUGGUACAGAUUCACAAUCUGAGAACGAGGCUUCGCCAGUGAAACGGCCACGGCUACUGGAGAACACCGAACGGUCUGAGGAAACCAGCCGAUCUAAACAGAAGAGUCGACGUCGGUGCUUCCAGUGCCAAACCAAACUGGAGCUGGUGCAGCAGGAGUUGGGAUCCUGUCGCUGUGGUUACGUGUUCUGUAUGUUGCAUCGCCUCCCCGAGCAGCACGGCUGUACCUUUGACCACAUGGGCCGCGGCCGAGAGGAAGCCAUCAUGAAAAUGGUGAAACUGGACCGGAAAGUGGGGCGUUCCUGCCAGCGCAUCGGGGAGGGGUGCUCCUGA